AUGGACUCAGACCCACCUGGUGUUUUCCCAAGUUCGUUCAAGUAUCAUCCAUAUUACUCUCAGACAAUGGAAUGUGGUGGCCUAAUCGAUUUAGGUCUCAGCCUUGGUAACAUACAACAUGAGAGUUACCACGCAUCUGGCCAAAGUCUGGGCGGGUACGGAGAAGUUACAGAUGGGUCGCAGUCCAGUUGUAGCAAUUUUCUGCUGAGUCACGAAACUGGAAAUGGAAAAUGUGGUAAAGAAGAAUAUUGGAGUAAUGAAGGAUGCAGACGUAAGUGGGGUUAUGUAAAGGUGACCAUGGAUGGAUUUGUGAUAGGUCACAAGGUCUGUGUUCUUGAUCAUGGAGGCUAUUCAACUCUUGCUCAUCAACUAGAGGACAUGUUUGGGAUGCAGAGUGUGUCGGGAUUGAGGUUGUUCGAGACAGAGUCAGAGUUCUCUUUGGUUUACAGAGACAAAGAAGGGACAUGGAGGAAUGCUGGAGAUGUUCCAUGGAAGUAA